UGGACCCACUUUGCCCUGCCAGAGGCAGACAUGGUGCCCCUGCUGCUGCUGCCCCUGCUGUGGGGGGAGUCUGUGCAGCAGCCGCCAGGCUAUGAGCUCCGAGUGCAGGAAUCGGUGACGGUGCAGGAGGGUCUGUGCGUCCACGUGCCCUGCUCCUUCUCCUACCCGUGGAGUCCAUGGUCUUCCCCUAGUGAACUCUACACCUUCUGGUACCGGGACGGGGACAACAUAAACCGUGAUGCUCCUGUGGCCUCAAACAACCCAGAUAAACCAGUGAAGAGAGAGACCCAAGGCCGCUUCCUUCUCACGGAUCCCACGACCAACAACUGUUCCCUGGACAUCAGAGACGCCAGGAGGAGUGACAGAGGACGCUACUUCUUCCGAGUGGAGAGAGGAAAUUCUGUGAGAUAUAGUUACCAAGAGAAGAUGCUGGAUUUGCAGGUGACAGACCUGACAGAGAAACCCCACAUCCGUGUACGGGAGCCUCUGGAGUCUGGCCGCCCCACACAGCUGGCCUGCAGCUUGACAGAGGCCUGCGAAGUGGGACAACGUUUCUCCUUCUCCUGGGAGGGAGCUGCUGUGGACUCGCUGACCCUCCAGACCCGCCAUUCCUCGGUGCUCACCUUCACCCCGAGGCCCCAGGACCAUGGCACCAGCCUCACCUGUCAGGUGAAAUGGGAAGGAUCCCGGUGGACCACACAGACCACCAUCCGGCUCAAUGUCUCUUACGCUCCUCUGCUGACCGUCAGGCUUUCCCAGGGAAACCGCACAGCCCAGAUGACCCUGAGCAACCACACAUCCCUGCUCCUGGUCUGCGAGGCUGACAGCAACCCCCCUGCCACGCUGAGCUGGUCCCAGGAGGGGAGAGCCCUGAGCCCGCCCCAGCCCUCAGCACCCGGAGUCCUGGAGCUGCCCCACGUGGGGGCUGGAGACGGAGGGGAGUUCACCUGCCGGGCUCAGCACCCACUGGGCUCCCAGCACAUCUCCUUCAGCCUCUCUGUGCAGAGCAGCCCGCACUCCUGCAGAUGUGUGACCGAGGAGCAGCAGGGCUCCUGGCCCCUGGUCCUCACCCUGAUCAGAGGGGCCCUCAUGGGGGCUGGCUUCCUCCUCACCUACGUCCUCACCUGGCUCUACUACACCAGGUGUGGAGGCCCCCGGAACAGGAGGCAGAGCUCCUGAUGGAUCCUCCCUUCCUCUCAAGAUGGGACUGAGGUGCGGACACCAGGCUAGAGGGACCGUCCUGGGACAUCAACGUUACCUUCUCCCUGGAAGCUCUUGACUCACCUGCCUCCAAUGUGCCCCUGGGGUUUCAGUGUGUGGAAGUGACUGAGUGACCACAAGGGGAGUCAGUGCCAUGGAGAGAAGACUUUUACUCCU